AUGGAUCAGUCGUCAGAGCUGUUAUUAAUAACGCAAGAGUUUUCAAAUGACACGGAUUGCCAGGUAGAAAUGGGCAACUUGGACAGCUUCGUCAACAUCACCGAAAUACCUACAAACUUCUCCUGGAUAUUCAACAUCUCUAGCAGUCUUGACGAAGAGAUCCUCAAGAAGUUCCAGCGCAACAGACGCGUCAACGACGCGGCUUACUACGCCCUCAUCGUCGUCUACAGUCUCCUCAUCAUCCUGGGCUCGACCGGCAACUCUCUGGUCGUAGUCGCCGUCAUCAGGAAGCCGGCCAUGAGAACGGCGCGUAAUGUCUUCAUCAUCAACCUGGCCAUUUCAGACCUGUUGCUGUGUCUGGUGACGAUGCCGCUGACGCUGGUGGAGCUGCUGUCGCUGUACUGGCCGCUGGGCAACCAUCCCUUCCUGUGUAAACUGGUGGGCACGCUCCAGGCCACCUCCAUCUUCGUCUCCACCAUCUCCAUCACCGCCAUCGCCCUCGACAGGUACCAGGCGAGGGGUCAUACGGUGCCGGCCGUAACUUCAAGGAAGGUCGAAGGUCAGAUGAAGAGAAAGAUGAUUGGGGGAGAAAAGGUCAGGGACAAGCCGUGGAAGUUUGAGAAGAAUGAUAUCCGAGAAGAAUGA